AUGUCUAACCAUAUGUUUGGCUCUCCAUUCCCUAAACUGAACCCAAAUGUACGCUACAAGACUGCUAUGGAAAGAGCAGGCUUCGAUGUCCUAUACAAUAACAACAACAACACCAACAACAACACCACCGCUAAUGUAAGACAGCCAUCACAGCAAAAUGAAGCUCGUAAUUAUACUCAAAACAUAAUUCAAGCCCAUGAAACACAACCACAACCACAACCGCAGCAGCAACAACAACAAAGUUUGAUCCAAAACUUACACAAAAUAGAACAAAGUCGUAGUAACCCUAUUCAAAAUAAUAGUAAUAACAACAGUAGGAGUAAUGUGAGUUUACCAAACUCAAACUAUCAAUACAAUGCAAUGCCUAAUGCCGAAGAAAUGAACCCCAUAGAAAAGAGCUUCAUGAUGUUGACUGAAAAUGAUACUACCUCUUCAUUCCACAAAUCUCGUGAAGAUUUGAAUAUUAUAGAUUCCAUACCUGCAUCUGUGCCCUUCGCUGCAGCUUCAUCUUCUCCUUCUCCUUCUCCUGCCCCACAAGUCACAACCACAUCACAUCCAUCAAAUCACCAUCAACAACAACGUGGUCAAGACCCUGUAUCUGUACCUCUUAUCAAUCAAUUUGAACUCGAAGAACAUGAAAAAAUUAAUUUAGAUGCAAACCCACAAUUGAAUAUGGAUUUAUCUCCAAUCGCUGACCCUCAAUUAAAUCUAUCACUAGAAGCGGAAAGCAUCUUCAGUGCAGAAACAAAAUCAAUUCAAAGCAAAGCUCAAAAGAGAUCAUCCAUUGUUUCCGGCAAUACAAGAUCUCUGAAGUCCUGGGACCAGGAACAGAACAAAUACUCUCAAUCCUCCCAGCAGCAGCAGCAGCAACAACAACAACAACAACAACAACAACACCAACAACAACAACACCAACAACAACAGAGCUUUCCUGCUCAGGCAAACGCUUCUGAUACAAAUGACCAAGUAGAAAAACUAAUUGCCCAGUUGAAUGACACUUCAAUGCUAAGGAACAACGAGCUGGAUGAAAAAUUAAAACCAAAUGAAGAACUAACUAAUUCAUUAUCAGUGAACGAACCACGUGUAAAGAAGUCCAGCGCUUAUCUAUCAGGAUACCCUGAAGUGAAACACAGCUUGAAAAGCUUAGAAAGUUUGCAUUCAGAAAAGUUCGAUUUUAAUCCAAAUAUUUCAUCGCAAUCCAUCGCUGUCAGCGAUGAAAUAUCUUCAGUUAGUUCUUUAAACACGCCUCAAUUCAUGAACUUCAAACAACCAGAACCUAGCCGAUAUGGUACCACACCAUCAGCUUUAUCAUUACCUCAGCCUGAAAUUCAGGUCACACAACCAGUAGAAACUAAAAAUGGCCAAGAUGAUGAUGACGACUCAAGCUCUAUCAUUAACAAGAAGAAAAAUUUGCCAGGAGAAGGUCCAUGUAGGAAAUGUGGAUUAGAAAUUACUGGCAAACGUAUUUUUUCCAAGAAUGAAAACGAAUUAUCAGGACAAUGGCAUCGUGAAUGUUUCCAGUGUGUUGAAUGUGAUAUCAUUUUCAACAGAAAGACACCAUGCUAUAUUUUAGAUGAUGAACCAUAUUGUCAACAACAUUACCAUGAGAAAAACAACAGUAUUUGUAAAAUCUGCCGUAAUUUCAUCGAAGGUGAAUGUUUGGAAAAUGAUAAAACUGAAAGGUUUCAUACGCGAUGCUUGGUUUGUACCAUUUGCAGAAAUCCAAUUAGAGAAGAUUAUCUUAUCUUUAAUGGAGAAGUUCCACUUUGUGGUGAGCAUGAUAUAGAAGAAUUAAUUAGAGAUGGAUUGCCGAAUAAUGACACAGAUAAUAAGGAGAAUACAGUCGCUAGGAGAAGAACAAGACUGAUUAAUUUUGCAUAA